AAGCCAAGGGAGAUUAUGAGCAAGUUCAAAUCAACAUAUGGGUUUGAUAUUUCAUACAAGGUUGCCUUGAAAGCAAAGCAUCGGGCCAAGGAAGCGAUUUAUGGUUCCGAUGCAGAAACGUUCAGCAAGUUAUCUUGGUAUAAGGAAGCUGUUUUGCAGAGUAACCCCGGCUCUUCUUUUGUGUUGGAGGUUGAACCAUCUACAAAUCGUUUUCAGAGGCUUUUCAUAGCUUACGGAGGUUGUGUAGAAGGCUUCCAAUUCUGUUUGCCAGUGUUGUAUGUUGAUGGAGCGUUUGGUAAAAGCAUUUAUAAGAGGCAGAUUCUGUCUGCAACUAGAAGGAAUGGGAAUCAAGGUUUCUAUCCUCUAGCCAUAUGUUUUUGUGAUUCAGAGACAGAUGCAAACUGGACAUUCUUUUUCAAACAUUUGAAGAGUCUGCUUGAACCUCAAGGGAGAGUUAUCACAUUUAUUAGUGAUCGGGGUGUUGGAUUGUUGAGCGCUUUCGAUAAGCUGCCGAUAUGGAAUUAUGGCUAAUGGGAUUGCUGAAUCAUUUAACUCUUGGAUUGCAAUUGAGCGUUUGAUGCCAGUCUACUGUAUGCUCGACCAGACAAGAAUUAAACAAAUGGAGAUGGCGGGUAAAAGGAGGGAAGAGGCAGAACGUUGGACCACAGAACUAACUCCCAAA